CGCAAAUGUGUUCAAAAUGGCCGCGCGAUGGUCCGGGUAUCGAUCAAACAAGCAUAAUUUUCCGGAAUUAUAGAUUUUUGUAUUUAUUUUUAAAAUUAUAUGUGUGUAGAAAGUUUGCAUAAUAUUUUCGAAACUAGUCAAAGUUUUCAAAGAAUAGUUUUUGGUUUAUUGGUGGCAUAAUUGAGUUGUAUUUUUUAGAGUUCGGUUUAUUUCGAUUGACUAGGUUAUGUUUACUGUAAUCGAGAAAAAAACAAAACGUUGACAUUGCGUGAAGUAAACAAAAUUAUGCUAUCUCGGAAUUUAUAAGGGAAAAAGAAGUUUAUAUUUGUGAAUUAGAGUGAGAGAUAAAAAAGAAAUGUUUAAAAAUACAUUCCAAAGUGGAUUUCUCUCCAUACUUUAUAGUAUUGGUAGUAAACCUCUACAAAUUUGGGACAAAAAAGUGAGAAAUGGACACAUUAAAAGAAUUACCGACAACGAUAUUCAAAGUUUAGUGCUUGAAAUUCUUGGCAGUAAUGUCAGUACAACUUACAUUACGUGUCCUGCCGAUCCUCGAAAAACUUUGGGAAUUAAAUUGCCAUUUCUUGUAAUGAUAAUCAAAAAUUUAAAAAAGUAUUUUACUUUCGAAGUUCAGGUAAUUGACGACAAAAAUGUUCGACGAAGAUUCAGAGCAAGUAAUUAUCAAUCGACAACGAGAGUGAAACCAUUUAUUUGCACAAUGCCAAUGAGAUUAGACGAUGGAUGGAAUCAAAUACAAUUUAAUCUCGCAGACUUUACACGUCGUGCUUAUGGUACAAAUUAUGUGGAAACAUUGAGAGUUCAAAUUCACGCAAAUUGCAGGAUACGUCGUGUUUAUUUUUCCGAUAGACUUUAUUCAGAGGAUGAAUUACCAGCUGAAUUUAAACUAUUUCUACCAAUUCAAAAUAAAGCCAAGUGUUAAAAAUCGUUUUUAGCUCAAUUCGUCAGCAGUUAUUUGUAUAACGUACAAAAUUUAAUUAAGAGAGUUAGAAAGAUAUCUCAAUUUUUAAGGUAAAGAAACAAAAAAAAAGUGUCCUUCAUAUUUGACUACAUAAUUAUUGAAAAUAAAUUUAUUAUGCGACAAAGUUA